AUGAUAAGGUCCCAGCUAAAGACGUUUCUCGUGCCUCCCAUGCGCAGCGUCUUCCUGGUGUCCGCUGUGGCCUGCGUCGUGAUUAUGGCGGGCCUCGCUCUGGCGCUGGUGGGCAUCAUCCUGGGAACGAUGAUACCUGCCCGCGAACACAGUUGCCCACCGCUGGACAAGCCGCUCGAAGAGAGCAACAUCAUGGUGGAGACCAAGUCUGGCCGCCUGAUUGGCACCUUGGUGACCGUGCACGGCGUGAAGCUCGCGGGAUUCCUGGGCGUCCCGUUCGCUCAGAGCACGGCGGGCGAGCGCCGAUUCAUGGCACCGUUGCCGCUGCCCGCCUCUAGAGACGCGUGCGUCGUGCAGGAAUACCUCCAGCAGCGACCGCCUUGUGCCCAGCUGAGAAACGGCACUGUCGUCGGCACCGAGGACUGUCUCCACGUGAACGUCUGGACGCCCGCAGCCGCACUCGAACUCCACGGCGACGGCAUGGGCAGGCCCUUCGUGGUGGCCGUCUCCGGCAGUUGGUUCGAGACGGGCUCCAACGACGAUUCCGACUGGCCGAUGCUGGCCGCCAAGGGAGACGUGGUCGUGAUGGUGCCCAACCACCGGCAAGGCGUGCUGGGAUUCCUCCACCCGUCCAACGUGGCUGGUGUGGACGUUGACGUGGCCGUCAGCGACGUCUGGAGCGCAGUGCAGUGGGCACGUGACCACGCAACCUUCUUCGGUGGCGACCCUAAGCAGCUGGCGCUCGUCGGUUACGGAUCGGGCGCCUACCUGCUUUCCUUGAUCGCGCAAAACAUGAGCAAGGAUACGGCCCGCCGGGCGUUCUACCACGGCGGGGUCUUCGGAUCGCUGCUGCCAUUUAAUCCGGUGAUGCCUUACCGGAGCUUGGCUGUGGCGCUGCGUUGCAACGACUCGGACUUGUCGGUGUCGGCGUGGUUGCCAUGCUUCCGUGCCGCACCCGUCGACGAGCUGUUGCAGGCCGCGCGAGCGUCCUCCGAGUGGCCUUUGCAGUUUGCGCCCCACGUGGACAUUCGGACGCUGCAGACCGCGCCAGCGUCCAACCCGCAUACCGUCGUCGCUGGGGUGGACGCGGCCGAUGACAAGACCCUCUUCAUGGAUCGCAUCUUGCCGCUCGCAAAGCGGGACGGGAGCGCGUCGACAACAAAGGCCUUGCUGGAGUACACGUUGAACGUGUUCAACGUGCCCCUGGGCGUGAAGCCCUUCAUCAGGGGCCUGUUCAAAGCAGAGUCCGCGGACGGCAUCGCAGACACGUUGUCGAUGAUCUCCACGUGCGCCUCCCUCAAGGUCGCCAAGGCGGUUGCCGAAGGCUACCACUACCAGAUGGACUCGACCGCGGUUAGCGGACUGCUGCAGCCACCGCUGGGCAUCAGCGAGCUAGCGCAGUUCGCAGCGUAUGGCACGGUGCCUCCGUUGGCCGACAAGAGUCCGUGGCCUCCGUUGACGCAGGCGCUGAAGACCCGAGUGUUCAACGGAGAUGGCAGCGAGAAUUUCACCAGCUACUUUGCCGAAUGCAGAAAAUAUAAUGUGUAUAUUUGAAUAACU